AUGACAGUGAAGCUUCUCGAUCCACCCCAUUCCCUCACUGCGCCCAUCAUCUGCCUGUCCAUGAGUUCCUUCCCUUUGGCGGACCUCCUGGACUUAGGGACUACCGCGGAAGAGGUUUACAUCUAUAGGUAUACUGCAGUCGCAACACUGACACUCUUCAUUUAUGAUUAUAUCUGCACGUUGGAGGACGAGAUUCGCCUCGUAUGGCCGUCACGAUGGUCGUUCAUAAAAUACAUUUACUUCCUCAAUAGGGCCAUUGCUUUCGUUGCUUCAUUCCUUUUGGUGUAUCUGCUGCUGCUCGUCAGCGACGGGAAGUCAUGCAAGCGAAGCCUAGUCGCUACUGUUCUGAUGGCACAAUUGACCUUCAUUAUCGGGGAGGUCGUUCUGUUCAUGCGUGUAUAUGCUAUAUGGUCAUGUAGCAAACGCAUGUUGAUUCUUCUGUUAUCGGUGUACGUGCCGGGUGUGGUGGGGUCGACUUACGCCAACAUGCGUGCAACCAGCACUGCCAUCACCGCAACAUUUCCGGAGCUAUUCGACUCGGGAUGCCUAUUGACCUACACUAGCACAGAUUUCUGGGCUUGUUACCUUGUUCUCCUAUUCCAUGAAACCUUUAUGCUUAUACUCAUUCUCACACGGGCAUUCCGUUCUGGUGGAUAUAAAAUAUCUAAUAUUCUGAAGAUAGUAGUCAAGGACGGCAUCUUCUAUUACAUUUGCGUUCUCGUGACUUCCGUGGCCAAUUUACUCGUCCUCUUACUCGCAACGAGAAAUUUGCGGACGUUCCUAAUCUUAACACAAGGCGUGUUACAUAGCAUCCUGUGUGCCCGCCUCCUGCUCCGUUUACGCGGGGCAUACAGGUCGCUUACCACCGAGGGUUUGCGAUCUAUGCGUCUUCGAAGCUCGACCACGGGUACCACGCUCGUGGAUGAGGACCAUCAUUCGCCCCUCGACGAUAUCCCAUUACAGACAUUUUCCGCUUCUACGUUGCGUGAUACACGAGAUUGAUAUGUUCAUUGGUUGGACACUGCUUGAGCGCGGCUGUUUUUUCUAGAGUAGAUGAAAAGUGAAGUAACCAACAAUGUUUUCGGUUUACUCCGAC